AUGGAUGAAGACGAGGACGAGAACGGUCUGAAUGCUCUGCACCUGGCAGCUAAGGAGGGCCAUGAGGAUCUGGUGGAAGAACUACUGGAGAGAGGCUCCGCAGGAAGUAAAUCCACUGAAAAAGGGAACACAGCCCUCCACAUCGCCUCAUUGGCCGGACAGAAGGAAGUGGCUCGACUGCUGCUGAAGAGAGGAGCCGACAUCAACGCCCAAUCACAGAAUGGCUUCACUCCUCUCUACAUGGCAGCCCAGGAGAACCACCUGGAGGUGGUCAGAUACCUGCUGGAGAAUGGAGGGAACCAGAGCGCUGCUACUGAGGAUGGGUUCACCCCCCUGGCCAUAGCCUUGCAGCAGUGUCAUAACCAGGUAGUUUCUCUCCUCCUGGAACAUGACACCAAGGGCAAGGUGCGGCUGCCUGCCCUGCACAUCGCUGCCCGGAAGGAUGACACCAAGGCAGCUGCCCUGCUGCUACAGAAUGACCACAACGCUGACGUUCAGAGCAAGAUGAUGGUUAACAGAACUACAGAGAAUGGGAAGAGUGGGUUUACCCCCCUGCACAUCGCUGCUCACUAUGGCAACGUGAAUGUCUCCACCCUCCUGCUCAACCGAGGAGCCGCCAUAGACUUCACCGCCAGGAAUGGGAUAACUCCUCUCCAUGUGGCCUCUAAGAGAGGGAACACCAACAUGGUAGCUCUACUGCUGGAUAGAGGAGCUCAGAUUGAUGCCAAGACCAGGGACGGCCUCACUCCUCUACAUUGUGCAGCGCGGAGUGGACAUGAUCCCGCCAUAGAACUGCUGCUGGAGAGAGGAGCACCCAUACUGGCUAGGACCAAGAACGGUCUCUCCCCCCUCCACAUGUCUGCCCAAGGAGACCACGUGGAGUGUGUCAAACACCUGCUGCAGCACAAGGCGCCUGUUGAUGAUGUCACCCUGGACUACCUGACGGCGCUGCAUGUCGCCGCCCACUGUGGUCACUACCGAGUCACCAAGCUACUGCUGGACAAGAGGGCCAACCCCAACGUUAGGGCUCUGAAUGGGUUCACUCCGCUGCACAUCGCCUGCAAGAAGAACCGCGUGAAGGUGAUGGAGCUGCUGGUGAAAUACGGAGCCUCUGUCCAGGCCGUCACAGACACCGGUUUGACCCCCAUCCACGUGUCAGCCUUUAUGGGUCACCUCAACAUGGUGCUGCUGCUGCUGCAGUACACAGCCUCGCCUGACAUCUGCAACAUCCGUGGUGAGACGGCGUUACACAUGGCGGCCCGUGCUGGUCAGAUAGAGGUGGUUCGAUGUCUCCUGAGGAAUGGAGCUCUGGUCGACGCCAUGGCAAGAGAGGACCAGACCCCCCUCCACAUUGCGUCCCGUCUGGGGAAGACAGAGAUCGUCCAGCUGUUACUGCAGCACAUGGCUCAUCCCGACGCCUCCACUACUAAUGGAUACAGUCCUCUGCACAUCGCUGCCAGGGAGGGACAGUUGGAGACCACCGCUGUGUUGUUGGAGGCUGGGGCUUCACACUCACUGGCUACCAAGAAAGGAUUCACUCCUCUACAUGUAUCAGCCAAGUAUGGAAGCCUGGAGGUGGCAAAACUCCUCCUGCAGCGCAAAGCUAUGCCUGACGAAGCCGGCAAGAACGGUCUGACUCCGCUGCACGUGGCAGCUCACUAUGACAACCAGCAGGUAGCACUGCUGCUGCUGGACAAAGGGGCGUCGCCCCACGCCACCGCCAAGAACGGAUACACGCCACUCCACAUCGCUGCCAAGAAGAACCAGACGUCCGUCGCCUUGUCUCUGCUGCAGUACGGAGCGGAGGCCAACGUCCUGACCAAACAGGGGGUCACCCCUCUACACCUGGCCUCACAGGAGGGGCACAGUGACAUGACCAGUCUGCUGCUGGGCAAGGGGGCACACGUCAACACUCCCACUAAGAGUGGUCUGACACCCCUCCACCUCACGGCCCAGGAGGACAGAGUGAAUGCAGCAGAAGUUCUGGCCAAACGUGAUGCUAACCUGGACCAGCAAACCAAGCUCGGUUACACUCCUCUCAUUGUUGCCUGUCACUAUGGAAACGUAAAGAUGGUCAACUUCCUCUUGCAGCAGGGCGCCAGUGUCAACGCCAAAACCAAGAACGGUUACACUCCGCUUCACCAGGCAGCGCAGCAGGGACACACACACAUCAUCAACGUCCUGUUACAGCAUGGAGCGACACCCAACACUACCACUGCUAAUGGGAACACUGCUCUGUCCAUUGCCAGGCGUCUGGGUUACAUAUCUGUCGUUGACACUCUGAAGGUCGUCACAGAAGAGGUCAUCACCACCACAACGACUGUGACAUCAGAGAAACACAAGAUGAAUGUUCCGGAGACCAUGACGGAGAUACUGGACGUGUCAGAUGAGGAGGGUGAGGACACUAUGACAGGUGAUGGAGGGGAGUACCUGAGAGCUGAGGACCUGCGGGAGCUGGGAGACGACUCUCUACCUGGACAAUACCUGGACGGAUUCAACUACAUGAGCCACAACCUGGACAGGUGAUGCACGCACACACACACACACACACACACACACGCACACACACAUACACACAGGUCUCAUCAGACCCCUGUCCACCAGAGAGAUGGAGUCCUGAUUGAAGACAUGAUCACCAGCCACCAGGUGUCGUCUCUGUCCAGAGAGAAUGAGAAGGACUCCUUCAGACUGAGCUGGGGAGCAGAGCACCUGGACAACGUAGUGCUGUCAUCUAGCCUGCUGCACUCUGGCCAAUCCUCCCCGUGCCUAGACCAUGACAACAGCAGCUUCCUGGUCAGUUUCAUGGUGGACGCCAGGGGUGGGGCCAUGCGUGGUUGCCGUCACAACGGGCUGCGCAUCAUCGUGCCGCCCAGGAAGUGUUCCGCUCCGACGCGGGUGACGUGCCGCCUGGUGAAGAGGCACCGCCUGGCGUCCAUGCCCCCCAUGGUGGAGGGGGAGGGGCUGGCAGGACGUAUCAUCGAGGUCGGCCCCACCGGGACACAGUUCCUCGGUAAGCUCCACCUCCCCACGGCCCCACCCCCUCUCAACGAGGGAGAUCUUGUCAGCAGGAUACUACAGCUGGGGCCUCCUGGCACCAAGUUCCUGGGGCCGGUGAUUGUGGAGAUCCCUCACUUCGCGGCCCUGCGGGGCACGGAGCGGGAGCUGGUGAUUCUGAGGAGUGAGAUGGGGGAGAGCUAGGAACAUCACUGUGAACACACUGAGGAGGAACUCAACCAAAUACUGAAUGGCAUGGAUGAGGAGCUGGACUCUCCUGAGGAGCUGGAGAAGAAGAGGAUCUGCCGUAUCGUCACCAGGGACUUCCCACAAUACUUUGCGGUGGUGUCGCGCAUCAAGCAGGACAGCCAACUGAUUGGUCGAGGAGCGGUGUUGAGUAGUACUCUGGUCCCUCAGGUCCAGGCUGUGUUCCCAGAGGGGGCUCUCACUAAGAAGAUCAGGGUUGGACUUCAGGCCCAGCCAAUCAGCGUAGACCUGGUGAAGAGGAUUCUGGGUAACAAAGCUACUUUUAGCCCCAUCGUUACCUUGGAGCCCAGGAGGCGGAAGUUCCACAAGCCAAUCACCAUGACGAUCCCUGUCCCCAAAAGCUCGACCAAUGACGGGACAGGCAACGUGUUUGGAGGGGACACGCCCACUCUGCGUCUGCUCUGCAGCAUCACUGGUGGAACCACUCCUGCCCAAUGGGAGGACAUCACUGGCUCCACCCCCCUCACCUUCAUCAACCAAUGUGUGUCCUUCACCACCAACGUGUCAGCAAGACUGACGUCAGACCCAGGAUUGGCUGUGGGUUUCUCUACCCAGCUUGAUGAGAUCUAUCAAUGUGAUGCCAAGUUCGUCAUUGAUCGCUGGACCCCCUCCGUUGCCUGCCUCCGCUGGUUCUGGCUGAUAGACGGACGACAAGAUGGAGGCUGGAACAGGUUUCUCUCACAGAGGUGGCCCGGAGUAUUGGAAGGGAAGCCUAUCUUUGCAGACUGUUUUGGGAACCUGGUUCCUCUGACCAAGAGUGGACAGCAUCACGUCUUCAGCUUCUACGCAUUCAAAGAAAACCGUCUCGCACUCUUCAUCAAGAUUGACUCCGCUGUCCUGGCGUCAUAUGACUCAUUGGUUGAUUGGUUGAUUGACAAUGCUGUCCCAAAACAGCAGACUGACAAGGAUGACCGUAGUCUUACCCACAAGGCAAUCUGCAACCUGAACAUCACGCUGCCCACCUACUGCAAGGAGUCUGAUUCAGACCUCGAUGCAGAUGACGAGGUAACCAACUGCACCUUUUCAGAACAUUCUUACGACGAGACAGAGUCGACAGAGACUUACACGCUGCCGACCAAUCAGGUGCUAGACCCAGCCAUGCUGGCCAGCCCUGACCUCCUUUCAGAGGUCUCCGAUAUGAAACACGACCUCAUCAAGAUGUCUGCCGUCUUGACGACAGAGCAAACUGAACACCCAAGCCCUUCGGAUAGAGGAAGAGGAGGAGGAGGAAGAGGAGGAGGAAGGACAGGGAUGGAGGAAGAACCCGGGGAGCCGUUUGAGAUCAUGGAACAGGUGAAAGAGGAUCUGGAGAAGGUUGGAGAUAUUUUACGAGGGGAGAUACUACAUUCACAAAACAAAGAGAAGGUACUGCAGAUGUCCAAAAUGGAGGACGAGGAGUGGGUUAUCUCUCAGACUAAAGCCAAAGCCAUGACUCCCUCUGAUGGUCAGGAGCCGGUAAUACAAGAAGUCAGCAUUCAGAGGAAGACCUCUUCCACAAUGACCAAAGAGGUUAGAGAUAUGUCAGGUGUGGUAUCUCACCUCAGUGGAGGCGUGAACCAGCACCUAGAAGAGAGAUCUGGCGUAACCAGUUUCCCACUACAGGACAUCAUAGUCCAGGAGAGAUUAGAUCAGGUCGUUCUGAAGCGGGAAGGCAAACGCCAUCCUCCAGAGAUCAAAAAGCCGAUCAGGAAGAAGUUGAGGGACAGGGAACGUUCUGGAUGCAGCAGUUCAGAGGGGGAGCUGGAGAGAAUGAGCUCUGAGGAGUCCCUUGAUGGGGAUGUUGUUCUGGGAGAGCCGAGGCAGGAAGUGGUUCCCGGGUCUGAGCCUCCACCAGUGUCGCCCCUGGUCGUGGAAACCCCAAUCGGAUCCAUAAAGGACAGAGUGAGAGCUCUGCAAAAGAAGGUUGAGGAAGAGGAAGAGGGGGAGGAUGGCCGUAAGCGAAAGCCUACACAGGCGCCAGUCCCUCAGAACACAACUUUCAUCACCAUCACUAAGGAGACGGGUGAGCCCCAGAUGCCAGAUCUUCCUAAGCUUCCCAGAUCUCCGAAAUCCCCUCGGUCUCAGACGGAGAGGCUGGAGGAGACGAUGUCUGUCCGGGAGCUGAUGAAGGCAUUCCAGACUGGCCAGGAUCCUUCCAAGAACAAAACGGGGCUCUUCGAGCACAAAGCCAUGACGUCAUCCACAACCUCCACGUCGAGCUCCGAGGCAGUGAUCUACAGUGAGACCUACAGAGCUGAAACCAGUCUCACAGAGCAUACGCCAUCAGAAACUCCAACUUCCACAAUCCUCUGCUCGCAGAGUGAUGUCCUGGCUCUCCAUUACAAAGGGGUGGAUGAUGAAUCACAUCUGAUCUUAGUAAGAGACCACUCUGAAGACUCUAAGAUAACUCAUGUCUUAGAAAGAGACCACUCUGAAGACUCUGAGAUAACUCAUGUUACGGUUCAGUUGCAGGAGUCAGCGACUAACAUCAACAGAAUACAACCAGAGGACAGAUGGAUCCCUCUAGACAGGGCUCUACCAGAGGACGGAGGUAUCCUCCUAGACAGGGUUCUGCCAGAAGGUGGAGAGAUCCUCCUAGACAGGGCUUUACUGGAGGAUGGAGAGAUUCUCCUAGACAGGGCUCUGCCAGAGGGUGGAGAGAUCCUCCUAGACAGGGCUCAACUGGAGGAGGGAGGGAUCCUCCUAGACAUGGCUCUACCAGAGGAUGGAGGGAUUCUCCUAGACAGGGCUCUACCAGAGGACGGAGGAAUCAUCCUAGACAGGGCUCAACCAACAGGGCUCUACCAAAGGACGGAGGAACCUCCUAGACAGGGCUCUACCAAAGGACGGAGGACCAGAGGGACAAAGGACAGAGGGAUCCCUCUAGACAGGGCUCUACCAGAGGACGGAGGGAUCAUCCUAGGGGGGCUCUAUCGGAGGGAUCAUCCAGGCAGGGCUCUACCAGAGGACGGAGUGAUCCAACUAGACCGGGAUCUAACAGAUACUGGAGGAAUCGUCCUAGACAGGAUUCUACCAGAGGACGGAGGGAUUCUCCUAGACAGGGGUCUACAAAGAGAUGGAGGGAUCCCUCUAGACAGUGAUCUUCCAAAGAACAGUUGUAUCCUCCUAGACAGGGCUCUACCAGAGGAUGGAGGGAUCUUCCUAGACAGGGCUCAACCAGAGGACGGAGGGAUCCACCUAGACAGGGCUCUACCAGAGGAUGGAGGGAUCAUCCUAGACAGGGCUCUACCAGAGGACGGAGGGAUCCUCCUAGAUCGGGAUCUAUCAGAAAAUGGAGGAAUCUUCCUAGACAGGGCUCUACCUGAGGACAGAGGGAUCCUCCUAGACGGGGCUCUACCAGAGGAUGGAGGGAUCCUCCUAGACAAGGCUCUACCAGAGGACGGAGGGAUCCUCCUAGACAGGGCUCAACCAGAGGAUGGCGGGAUCCCUCUAGACAGGACUCUACCAGAAGAUGGAGGGAUUCUCCUAGACAGGGCUCUACCAGAGGAUGGAGGGAUCAUCCUAGACAGGUCUCUACCAGAGGACGGAGGGAUCCUCCUAGACAGGGCUCUAUCAGAGGACAGAGAGAUCCUCCUAGACAGGCUUCUAGCAGAGGAUGGCGGGAUCCCUGUCGACAGGGCUCUACCAGAGGACGGAGGGAUCUUACUAGGCAGGAAAAAUGGAGGAAUCUUCCUAGACAGGGCUCUACCCGAGGACAGAGGGAUCCUCCUAGACAGGGCUCUACCAGAGGAUGGAGGGAUCCUCCUAGACAGGGCUCAACCAGAGGAUGGCGGGAUCCCUCUAGACAGGGCUCAGCCAGGAGAUGGAGGUAUCCUGCUAGACAGGGCUCAACCAGAGGAAGGAGGGAUCCCUCUAGACAGGACUCUACCAGAAGAUGGAGGGAUUCUCCUAGACAGGGCUCUACCAGAGGAUGGAGGGAUCAUCCUCGACAGGUCUCUACCAGAGGACGGAGGGAUCCUCCAAGACAGGGCUCUAUCAGAGGACAGAGGGAUCCUCCUAGACAGGCUUCUAGCAGAGGAUGGCGGGAUCCCUGUCGACAGGGCUCUACCAGAGGACGGAGGGAUCUUACUAGGCAGGGCACUACCAGAGGACGGAGGGAUCAUCCUAGAUAGGGCUCUGCCAGAGGAUGGAUGGAUCCUUCUAGACAGGGCUCUACCAGAGGAUGGAGGAAUCCUCCUGAACAGGGCUCUACCAGAGGACAGAGGGAUCAUCCUAGACAGGGCUCUACCAGAGGACGGAGGGAUCCUUCUAGACAGGGCUCUACCAGAGGAUGGAGGAAUCCUUCUAGACAUGGCUCUACCAGAGGAUGGAGGGAUCUUCCUAGACAGGGCUCUACCAAAGGAUGGAUGGAGCAGCCCAGAGAUGAUUCAGCUGGAGGAACCAGAGAUGGGACCAGACAGGAAGUCUUCUACAGAUAUGAUGCAGCUGGAGGAACCAGAGAUGGGUCCAGACAGGAAGUCUUCUAUAGAGAUGAUGCAGCUGGAGGAACCAGAGAUGGGACCAGACAGGAAGUCUUCUAUAGAGAUGAUGCGGCUGGAGGAACCAGAGAUGGGACCAGACAGGAAGUGUUCUACAGAGAUGAUGCAGCUGGAGGAACCAGAGAUGGGACCAGACAGGAAGUAUUCUAUAGAGAUGAUGCGGCUGGAGGAACCAGAGAUGGGACCAGACAGGAAGUCUUCUAUAGAGAUGAUGCGGCUGGAGGAACCAGAGAUGGGACCAGACAGGAAGUCUUCUAUAGAGAUGAUGCGGCUGGAGGAACCAGAGAUGGGACCAGACAGGAAGUGUUCUACAGAGAUGAUGCAGCUGGAGGAACCAGAGAUGGGACCAGACAGGAAACAGGAAGUGUUCUACAGAGAGAUGCAUGGAGGAACCAGAGAUGCAGAUAUAAUGCAACUGGAGGAACCAGAGAUGGGACCAGACAGGAAGUCUUCUAUAGAGAUUAUGCGGCUGGAGGAACCAGAGAUGGGACCAGACAGGAAGUCUUCUACAGAGAUGAUGCAGCUGGAAGAACCAGAGAUGGGACCAGACAGGAAGUCUUCUACAGAUAUAAUGCAACUGGAGGAACCAGAGAUGGGACCAGACAGGAAGUCUUCUAUAGAGAUGAUGCAGUUGGAGGAACCAGAGAUGGGACCAGACAGGGAAUCUUCUAUAGAGAUGAUGCAGCUGGAGGAGCCAGAGAUGAGACCAGACAGGAAGUCUUCUAUAGAGAUGAUGCAGUUGGAGGAACCAGAGAUGGGACCAGACAGGAAGUCUUCUAUAGAGAUGAUGCAGAUCAGCCCGGACAGGAAACCCUCUGAGGACUUUAGCGCUGACAUCAAGGCCGAGCUGGAGGACAGUCCAGAGUACCAGCUGUUCAGACAGACUUCGUUUAUAGGGUAUGACGACCACCCCCAGGCUGAAGCAGCCGAGGAGGAGAUCCCAGCAGACUACCCAAACGACACCCCAACCUUCAUGUUCAGCCCCUGUAUGCACGAAGACAGGCGGGAUGAGUUAUUCACUAAGGCUGAGAACCUGGUGGGGAAUGAAAGCCCUGUGAGUCUGAAGCAUGAAGGUGCAGCGGACUCUCCCGGGACUAGCCUAGGAACCAGGACUCCCCAUUCAAGCACGGGGGAGAGUGAGAAACACGAAGGAUUAGCAGACACCCCACAGAUGAGCCCACUCACAUUCCCCACUCAGGAGGUUGACCUGCCCACAGUUUAUAAAGAGACAGAGAUAAUGGAUGGGAUGAAAGUACGAGGAGAUGUGAUUCAUGGUGAUGAAGAAAUCUUUCCAGAAACUGAAGAUUUAGUCAUAGAAACCAUAUCAGUGACUCUGUCCCCUGUUCGGGAACCGCUGUUACAAGAAGUCACGAUCCAUCGGAAAACCUCCCCCAGACCGGUUAAAGUGGUGAGAGAUAUGUCAGGGAUGGAGUCCCUCCUCAGGGGAGAUAUGGAUCACUACCUAGAACAGAGACCAUCACCUGUCCGUGGCGCUGAAGUGAUGACAGUUCAGGAACCACUGUUACAAGAAGUCAGGAUGGAAAGGAAAACCUCCCCCAGACCGGUUACAGUGGUGAGCGAUAUGUCAGGGAUGGAGUCCCUCCUCAGAGGAGAUAUGGAUCACUACCUAGAACAGAGAUGUAUGGUAAAUCGUGGUUCACCAAAGGAUGACAUCGACCAACAACAGAGUUUCAAACAGACCAUCCUUGCCAGGGAUGACAAGCAACAAUCACUUAUUUUCUCCACAAAGGAGGUAGACAUGUCUACAGAAGAUACAGAGACAGAAAAAGAAGACUGGUGGAAAGUGCAAGAUGGUGGCUCUCGGGGUGCCGAACCGAUAAUCUUGAACCCAGUUCAGGAGCCGAUGUUACAAGAAGUCAUGAUCGAAAGGAAGACAUCGCCCAGACCAGCUGUAGGAGUUAAAGAUACGUCGGGCAUGGAGGCACUCCUCAGUGGAGAUUUAGAACAGUACCUAGAAGACAGACCUGUAGAUCUCAGUGGUGUACCAGAGGACGACAUCGUACAAGAGAGAUUUGAACAGGUUGUGAUUACACGGGAGGGAAAACAGGAAACCCACACGUUCUCCACUGAGCAGGUAGACCGGUCCGCAGCAGAUAAAGUGACAGAGCGAGAUGUUGUUAAUGUAGUGCAAGUAGGAGCCGCGGAGGACGUUGUCAUCUACGGUGAAGGGAAAGCAUCAGAAAGUUCAGCUACUACAGUGAUACGUUCAAGAGACUCAAAGAAGGUGACCUUUGACCUUCAAAGGACGUUUGUUUCAGCUCUCCCUUCUCAAGCCUCUGAAGAGGACGACCAGAUCCCUGUUGAGACAAGACCCAUCUUAGAGGACUGGGAUGAUUUAGAGAUAAAACCAUCGUACCACAAAACUACAGACCUUUCAAACUCAAACCUAAACAUGCAAGACUCAAUUUCAGCAGACAGAAUUGCUCCUGAAUCUAGUUGGGUUGUACCAGAGCGCCAUGAAAGGGAUUCAGCCGAUCAUGGAGCUGUGCACAGUCCAGACGGUGUGGGUCAGGCCCUCAGACCUGCAGACUUAGAGGUGCUCUUUCCUUUGGCCCUGGGCCACCCAGAGAGACGACUCUCCCAUGGGGAUUCUCUGGAGACCAGUCCUGUCAUGGAUGAAGGUUCCUCCAGGAAGUCCCCUGACUCUAUAGAGCCAAGCUCAACCGGGGACUCCCCCUGCCUUGACUCACUGGAGAGCAGCCCCACUGAACUGAAACAAGACACAGGCUUUCAGGCGUCAAAGAAGACAGCUGUGUAUGAAGACUACUACUCUCAGCUUAGAGCCUGUCUCGGUGAGGAGCACGUCAGCAACAUUGAGAAUGAGGAUUACUCCAAACGGACUUAUCAAAUGGAUGGUGAGCGCGAGGGUCCCCUCCCAUUGAAGGGCGGAGACCCUGAGUGGCUCUCCAUGCCCAUAAAUAUGAGCUCAAACCCUGAGGAUGAUAUGGACGACGUGGAUGCAGAGGGCAGCGAGGAAGAGAUGUUUAAAAUGGCCGCCAAGAUCAAAACCUUCGAGGAGAUGGAGCAGGACGUCAAAACGAAGACGGACGGGAAACCCUCAGACGGCUCCGUGUUAUCAGACUCUGAGGAUUAUGAAGAACGCCAGUCGGUCGUUGACCUGAUGGACAGGGAGGCGAAAUCAUCUAAGCCCAACACUGACGCCGGUACUCUUCAGUCUGAAACUAAAACUAUGGCUGAAAUCCAACACUCAGUCCCGGGUGCAGUAACUGCGUUGGAUAGUUCAGUUCACUGUGAAGCCUCAGGACAUUCACCAUCAGGAAGACAGGUCUCUGAGCACCUCGAAUAUCGUUCACUAAGCACUGAAAGAGAACAAUAUACCACAGAGAACAUCAGUGAAAAUAUCAGUGAAUGUACUCAGCAGAAAGAGAAGAUGGAUGUAAUAUCAGCUAUGCAAGCACAUGAGGAGGAGAUGGAUCAGUCACAGUUGAGUGUCAGUCAGUCUGGUGAAAGUCAGUCAGUCAAAGCACAGGUGUUGUGCACCGACGAUGAACGCUUCAAGGAGUUGGAGGAUGCGGAUGGUAAGGCAGCCAUGUUGGAAAUGCAUCCCGAAGACAUGCCUGUUCAAGGAGAGCUGGUCCCAUGGAGUGCCAUGCCAGAUGACAACGAGGAUGACAAUGACGACGAAGCCUUCACAGCACGUGUGGAGGCGGAGGAACAAAGGAUUAUGGGUCUCAUGGAAGACCGCCGUACCCCUGACACCACACCGGGUCGCACACCAAUCGAGGGGGGCACCCCCAAUCCCUUCCAGUUCCAGGAAGGGAAGUUCUUCGAGAUGACCAGAGGGGGUGCUAUCGACAUGACAAGGAGGAGCGUUGAAGAGGAGGGCGAGGGCUAUGCCUUCUUUCACAUAGGAGAACACCCAGUUGACCAGGUUCUGUUCGAGGACACAGGAGAUUGCGCAAGCCCCGAUGUUCUCAGAGCAGAACAGACUAUUGCCAUUGGUGAUCUACACCUCCAGAAGGUGGACCAAACCAAAGAUGAUUAUGACUCCUCCUUCCAGACUAUACCAUUACCCGAGACUGAUGAGAGGGGGAAACCAGUGGCCAAACCCAGUACCUCCAUCAAAAUGGAGCCAAAAGCUGAAACAUUCCCCCUGCUAGAAUCUAAGAUCGGAAGCUUCUUAGAGGUAGGUUCUCCAGACCCGACUAUAGCUGAACUCCAGAUGUUUACCACCACUACUCUUGUCACCCGCUCUGUGUACUCUGAACAGGUCCGCCAGUCAUCCGACUCAUCCCUUGAGGAUGAAGAAGAAGAGGAAGAGGAGCAGGGUUCUGUCAUUGAGAUGCCCGCUGGCUAUUAUGACUCAGUGGCACCCCUAGUGUCCUGCAAGGGGUCUGACACCUCAGUGGCACCCACUAGUGUCCUGGCAGGGUCUGACACCUCUAGUGUCCUGGAAGGGUCUGACAUCUCAGUGGCACCCCCUAGUGUCCUGGCAGGGUCUGACACCUCUAGUGUCCUGGAAGGGUCUGACAUCUCAGUGGCACCCCCUAGUGUCCUGGCAGGGUCUGACACCUCUAGUGUCCUGGAAGGGUCUGACAUCUCAGUGGCACCCCCUAGUGUCCUGGCAGGGUCCUACACCUCCGCAGACACUGUGGCUAAGGACGAAAGCAGUUUCAAAUCAAAGAUACCCAUCAAAGCUGGUUCAGUGAAAUCAGACCUCGGCCUUGAGCAGAAGACAAAAGUGGAGGAAUCUCUUGUUCAGGACCGGAGGACGAGGUCCGAGGAGGAUUUUGGAGCCGGGAAGAAAAUAUUAACUGACAAAGACUGCAGGAGUCACUCCGACAGCGACCAUCCUGCAACUAAAUCCAAACCUCUCACCUCCAGACUCCCUGUCAUGGGCAAACACAAACCCACAGCCCACUCCUCCUCCUCUUCCCAGCCCGACAGAGACCAGGGCUCUGACGUACGAGAGCCUUCCCUCCGAUCCUCUCUGGAUGUCGACGACAUCAGCAGCAGCGGUGAUCACAACAGUCCAGAUUCUGUGAUCUUCAAGUAUGACAGACCAAUGCCUCGCAGAUCUGCCCCGGACACGAGGGCCUUGUCGACUCAGACACGGGUUCGAGCUUCCUCGGUGACGGGGGAGGUGUUUGAGUCGAGACCCAUCUGGGAAGACUCAGUAGAAACUCAGAUGCAGCGAAUCUGGGAUGAUCGGACAACGGAGCGGCAGCAAGUGGAUUGGCACGACGAUGCAGACAGGAAAGAGGAGACGUUGGCUAUCAUUGCAGACCUGCUGGGGUUCAGCUGGACAGGUAAAGCUGGCGAGGAGCUGGAGUUCAACGAGGAUGAGAUCCAGGAAGUGAGGACGGAGAACCCUAACUCUCUACAGGAGCAGAGCCACGCCCUGCUGCAGCGCUGGGCUGAGAGAGAGGGAAAACACGCCACCGGUAUGUCUGUCCUGACAAGACUCUGGACCAGAGUGAAGGUACUGGACCAGUUACAUUACAUUACAGAGAUAGAGAAGACUCUGGACCAGUACUGGACCAGAAGUUACAUUACAGAGAUAGAGAAGACUCUGGACCAG